AUGGCGUUCUGUUUCAAAGUUUCUACCGGUACCUGUGAUUGGUCGCUCCAUUAUGGCGUCCUCUUAUUUAGACCAAUCAGAUUCAUCGUUAAAGGGUGCGUUCCGCGGAGUGUGGUGGAGAGUAACAGUUCUCUUCGAAGCUUCGUCUGUUUGGCACGUGUCUGCAACAGACCUGUUCGUGUACUUGCUUUGGUAUCGGCCAUUAGCGGAAUAUACCGAAGAAUGCCGAAGCAGUGCCGACCGGUCUUCGGUGGAAAGGAAGGUCUCGCCAUUUCCCUCGCGAAUGUCGAAGUGAUAAGACGUAUUGAGAGCAUCCUUCCGCAUAAGUACUUAGAAGAUAUUUGAUGGAUAUUGAAAGGACGUCAUGACAGCUGAUAUGGGUUUGAAAUAGAAUUUUAUAAACAUUUAUUGUUUUAAUUUAUUCUAAUCAAUUAUUAACGUUUAUUAUUACUUUUUUUUCAUUGAGUCGUUGUUAAUUGUAAGU